AUGUUAGAGUCUGCGCAGCAGCUGAUGGUGGAAGACCUGUACAACCGAGUUAAGGAGAAGAUUGAUGACACCAGCUUGUUUAACACGCCGUGCGUGAUGGACUUGCAGAGGGCACUUGUGAAGGACAGGCUGGAGACCCCCAGGGAUGCUGUGGAUGAAGUCUGGCCUAAUGUCUUCAUAGCAGAAAAAAGCGUUGCAGUGAACAAAAGCCGUUUGAAGAGACUGGGCAUCACGCACGUCCUGAACGCAGCUCAUGGUACAGGCGUAUACACGGGACCAGGUUUCUACAACGGCCUGAAUAUCCAAUACCUGGGCAUUGAAGUGGAUGAUUUUCCAGAUAUGGACAUCUCCAAACACUUCCGCCCGGCUGCAGAGUUCCUUGACGAAGCAUUGCUGACUUACAGGGGCAAAAUCCUUGUCAGCAGUGAAAUGGGCAUCAGUCGCUCAGCUGUGCUGGUGGCUGCUUACCUGAUGAUCUACCACCACAUGACCGUUCUGGAGGCUCUGAUGACUCUCAGAAAGAAGCGUGCCAUUUACCCCAACGAUGGCUUUCUGAAGCAGCUGAGGGAGCUCAACGAGAAAUUGUUGGAGGAACGAGAGUUGGAGCAUACUGGAGAUGAAGAAUUGUCCAGAGGUGUGGAUUCAGAAAGCAUCGUGGGAGCUAAAGCUCACUCCAUCACGGUAGAAGAAGAGGACUCCAGCAGCUUGCUGGGCAGUCUUAUGAGCUCUUCAUCAGUGGAAAGAACUAGCUGGGUUUCCAAACACUCCACCCUCAUCAGUGAGGAGGAGGAGGAACACUUGUAUGAGGAGUGGAGGAAGAAACAAGGCCUGCCUGCAAAGGAGCCAGGGGUUAGCCAUGGAAGAAGAGUAUCUCCAGGGCUUCUGGAUCAGGAAGGGGAACAAUCUGAGGAGGAUGUGGAACAGAGGAUCCAUGACUGGCAGUGCAGAAAUGAGAAAUAUCAAAUGGAGGGUCCAGCCAGGGAGGAGGAUGGAGAUUCCAGCAUGGGAGGGAGACCUUACGCGUCAGGUGAAUUCAGUGAUGUUGAGAGCGUGAGCAGUUUUGAGAUCCGAACCCUAAAACAACAUCUGGAAGCCAGUAGCUUUAGCAGGAUGAGGAGGAGCCGCACAGGCUCUAUGUCUUCAGAGAGCACCUGGGACAUGUGGAACCAGAGGCUCCUGGAGAUUGAGAAGGAAGCUGCUCAGAGGUAUCGUUCAAAGAAUAAAAGCUGUGGGGAGGGACAGUCCCCAGAAACAGGAAGAAAGGAGAGGGACGUGGACGAGGAGAGUGUGUUUUCAGACAGUAGCUCCUUUUACAAUUUCUGCCAAAAGAACAAAGACAAGUUGACUCCUCUAGAAAGGUGGAAGGUCAAGAGGAUCCAGUUUGGCUUUCACAAGAAAGAUCUUGAACCAUCAUCAUCUCCUGCACCAUCUCCAGCAGAAGACGGCAGCCCCGCAGGUGGGGAGGGGACAGAAGGGAAGAGUUUGUCAGAUAUUAACCUGACUGCUUACCAGGCUUGGAAAACAAAGCGGCAGAAGAAGGUGGGCAGUGAAAGCAAGGAGUUGUUUGUGGAGUUUGCCAAAAGUGAGGAUUCUGCUUCAGCUAAAAAGAAGCAGAGGCGCAUAGAGCUCCUUGAACGUUCAAAGAAAAUUUUAGAGGAAAGCCAGUCCAUGUGCAGCUGGGAGACAGACAGUACGAUGAGUGGGAGUAUCCCCCUGUCAGCUUUCUGGUCCUCGGCGCCUUCUGCGAGCGGUGCUGAGGAUGCAGCUUCAGCAGUGAGCCUGCAGACAAAUCGUUCAUCCCUGUCACAGACCAGGAGCAGCACGGGGGCGAUGCAGCCUCAGAUGCCAAGCGUACCUCUUCCCAAUCUCCCAGUUGGCCCAGGUGACACCAUAUCCAUGGCAAGCAUUCAGAACUGGAUCGCGAACGUGGUCAGUGAAACGAUCGCUCAGAAGCAAAAUGAGAUCAUGAUGUUGUCCCGCCCCUCGUCCGCAGUGGCCUCCAGCGUCAUGUCAGGGGACCUUGGCAGGCGUGCGGAUGAUGAUAAGGUGUCUCUUCUCAGCGCCCAGAGUGGCUCGUCUCUUGCCACCUCGCAGCUUCGCCAGCAGGACACGCACAGGGCCGAGUCUCAGUCUGUCCUGUCUUGCGGUACCUCCGCGAGCACGAGGACGGAAGGGACCAGUUCAGGCGUGAGGACAACCCAGACAAGCAAGCCACUGUACAGCCUCUUUGCUGAUGAAGUUGACCUGAAGAAGCUCAAUAGGAAGGAGAAGGAGAUGCAAAUGGAAAUGAGAGAGAAGAUGUCAGAUUAUCAAGUCGAAAAGGUGAUCAGAGACAAUAAACGCAGCACUUUAUUCAAAAAAAAGAUUACCAAAGGAGAGGAUAAUGAAACAGAAGAUGACAGAGAGGGUACCACAGACAGCCAUGGGCGCCCCUUGCAAGCAGAACUUGACAGACCUGAUAGGCUCCUUGAUCUGUCCAGUCAGGCCGCCAACACAGGUGCACUGAAGUCUGAGACAGAGACCGAAGUUACCAAGUGGCUCAGAGGCCUGAGGGCAGAACGAGAACCACCGUCAUAUUACGAUCAGAGUGAGAAGGCCAGGGGGAGAUACAGCAGGUCAUCCAAAGUUAGAGAGAUGGAUUCUGAAACAUCCAGUUACAGAUUCUCUAGAUCCCAAAGGGAAGAGCUAGACAGCUGUUCUUCCUACGAGUCAAAUGGAGAUUCACUGAGAACCGUGUCAAGAUUUUCCUCUGCUUCUGCGAAAGAGGACAGCAAGAUGUACAAGUUCUCAAGGUCAAGGGUCAGUGAGACGACAAGUUCCAGAGAAAAGAGCCCAGAGCUGCAUGUUUUCAGCCAAACGCCUGAACCAUCCUUGGACUCUGAAUCACCGGAACCCUCUACACAGAGUCGAGUUAGAUCUCACCAUGUGGAGGCGUGUGAAGAGGAGGCCAGGUCAGAUAUGUCAGAGUUUGGAGCUAAGAGAAAGUUCACCCAGAGCUUUUCCAAGUCUGAAGAGGAUGGAAAGAAGGAGGCGAAAGUGGAACAAAGCGAAGAAAGAUUUGCAUCUCGACAGUUCUCUGAGCACAGGCGAAGCAUGCGUAAGGAAGAGGAAGAAGAGGUGGAUGAUGAUGCCAUUAUCGCUGCUUGGAGAAGCCGACUGGAAGAAACUACGGCGAAGCUUCAACGGAGAAGGGAAGAGUGA